AUGGCCUCCGACAAUGAUGCCGGCCAGCACGUGGGAGCGUCUUUCGAACGGGACCUCGAACAGGGACCCGACCCCCACCGCAGAGACUCGAUCGGCUCGUUGGACGACGAUGGUAUAGGCUCUGCCAUUGCAUCCAGCGACUCGUCCAUAAGGGGCGAUCCAGAUGCACCCGUCGUUGACGAAGAAUGGGGGCCUCAACACCCGUGCUUCCCACAUCUAAAUCCCCACGUCCCGGUCGACUCGCCAGAAUACGCCAACACCCGCAUUAUCAGGAUAAAACGAGACUGGCUGCUCCAGGGUGACUUGGCACCCACCUUUUCAAACUUGUACCCGGAGAUCCUCGACCCCGCGGGCCUGUCCGAGGUGGAGUUCCGGAGGGUCAUCGACAAGCUGAACUCGGAACUCGUCAUGGUGUUCGACCCAUACAGCUUCAGGAACAUCAUGGACGGUGUGCUAGGCCUCCUGACCGGCUGGCUGUGGGACGACUUCGGCCUCACGUACGCCAAGGCCCGACUGGCGAGGCUCGAACGGUGGAUUGAACGAUGGAACCAGGAGAUGGAGAAGACCGCUGGUGGCGACGACAUUGUCAUCCCCCCAAAGAUUGUGCCUCUGAGGCAGACGGCAUAUAUGACACUCGAUAUCCAGAUCUUUGCCCCUCAGAUCCAGCCGGCCCAGGACACAACAGGCGGCGAGUCAAGAGGUGACGAGUCCGACAUGCCCGCGGCACCCCCCGCGGCGGCCAUGUCGAGCUGA